CUGGCCAGCAUCUAUCUAUCAUGUAUCAUGGUAAUGUAAUGUGCUCGGUGGAGGAGACGGCCAUGCAACGGAGAUACAUUACAUUAUGUGAGGAGGCCGGCGGGGACGACGGAGCGUGCGCGGUCUUGCUCGUCUAUUGCAAUGGCCCGAGAGGAAUCUUGCUUGUGCUCGAUGCAUGGGGGGGGGUGAGGUUUUUUUUCGUUGGUCUUUUUUUUUUUUUUUUUUUGCUUUGCUAUAUUUCGGACGCUGCCGCCACAGGCAAGAUCGUCAGUUGCAACGGAGAGAUUGCGGCUGUGCAGUGCAGGUUUGUUGCCGAUCAUAUCCUCCUCGGAACGUCGUCGUGGUUCCUGUUGUCGUCGACGGGCAGGCCGGUGGCGACUCUUACAUGGUCGCUAUACAGGGCCGUUCCAUUGGCGCCUCGACCCUCGCGCUCAAACAAGCACCUGCGGGAAGCGUCCAAGGUCAUGUGCCCAGCAGCUACAUGCAUCCAUCCAUACGUAUGUAUGUAUCAUGUAUACGCAUGUUCCAUGUUCCAUGUUCAUGCAGCAUUCGUUCAUUCAUUCAUCUAGUAGUGCAAAAGAAAGAAGUCGUCGAGUCAGACCCUCCCGAGCACGUCCUCGAUUGACCAUCUGCUAUUCACCACCACGACCUGGCGUAUCAUGCAUCCAUGAGUCUGCAGCUGUGCAGGAGAGUCCUCCAUUCAUCCAUCUGUCCAUGUGUGUGUGUGCGCGUGUGUAUCGUGUCUACCUGCUGUUCGCGAGACGGGCCCAUGACACAGCAGUCAGUGAUGAAUUCGACCGACGUAAGCAGCUAAAG